AUGUAUCUGUGUGUGUGUGUGUGUGUGCGUGUAUGUGUGUGUGUGUGCGUGGGGCGUUCACUCUCUCUCCUGCCACAGUAGCAACACAUUGCAGCAGCGUCUGCCCUGAACAAAAGGCUAAACGCAGCAGAGCCACAGGAGGAGAAACUCAGGGAUAGAAACCGGCUGAGUGGCCCAGCGUGACUGCACUUCUCAGGGAGGAACUCAAUCUGCCAUUUAGCCUUGCUGUGGAGACAGGAUGGUACUCUAGAGCAGCCCAGACUGCCUGUCUAUCCCUCUGAGCUGAGGAAAACACCCUGUUACUGACUGUUUUGUCUUUCAUUCAUACACCUCAGUCUCUGUCAUCCUUCACUGAGAUUACUGCACCUGCCCUUCCACACCUGGGCGCCUUUCCUUUUCAUCCAUCUGUCUUUCGAGAUGUCAGAGGAUGACUGCCGCUCGCCCAUCGGCCUGGACUGUUGCAGUUGCUGCCUGGACCUGGCCAAUGGCUGUGAUGUCUCCAUGUCCGGCAGUCCAGCUCAGGGCCUUGGUACUACUGGAGGCCUGCCAGCAAGCCCCACCAGCCCCAGUGUCAGUCACUUCCGCCAGCUCCGCAACCAGCUGAUGUACCAGAACCUGAACAGGGACAAGUUAAACAACAUCAUGAGGCAGGACUCCCUGGAAUCGGUGGUGAGGGACCCCUGCUUCCUUCUCAAUGAGGGCAUCUGCAACAGCAAUAUUGACCAGACCAUGCUGUCCAUACUGCUCUUCUUCCACAGUGCCUCUGGUGCUAGCGUUGUGGCCAUCGACAACAAGAUUGAACAGGCGAUGGACCUUGUCAAGAACCACCUGAUGUAUGCAGUGCGUGAGGAGGUGGAGAUCCUCAAAGAGCAGAUCAAAGAGCUGGCAGAGAAGAACAAUCAGCUCGAGAGGGAGAACUACCUGCUGAAGAACCUGGCCAGUCCAGAGCAGCUCGAGAAGUUCCAGUCUCGCAUCCCGACAGAUGUCCUGUUGGACAAUCAGAGCACCCAGGUGACCCCAGACCAGCAGCAGCAACAGCAGCAGCAGCAGACCUUCAUCCACAGCAGUGGCUCUGCUGUGUAAGUGGCUCUGCCUUGGGGCGGGCAGAGCCACUGUCUCUUCACAGUAAUGGACCUCCAUUUGAAUGAAGCGUUACAAAAUCGCCGUCGCCGAGAACCCUUCGAAAACAACGAAGGUGAAGCAUCGGGGCUGUAAAUGAUCGAUGGGACACAAACGAACUGUUGACUCUGAUAAGCACAAAACAGAACUUAAGACGCUCUGACCGGUGCGGUGUCAGGCCCGUCCUCUGAUACCGUCCAACUCUUUGUCGUAGUGUCCGUGUAGACAAAAGCGCUGAGAAUAGAGAGAGGGCUGACUAGACACCGAUGAGCGCUUGCUUUCAGACAUGUUGGGGUAGGGGGGGGUACUUUCCCGCCUUAGCCAAACCCUUCCAACAAACACCCUUUGCUCCACAGAGGAGUGUGCGAGGAGGUGUUGAUCGGGCUGGCCCUACAGGUGCUAACUUGGAAAGUGUGUGGGGGGGUAAACGUUGCUCCCCACUCACCCAGGGGAGACCCAUAUGAGACGGUCCUCCAUGUCUCAACGAGAAGAGCCCCAUCGUGUGGAUUUGUCCAAUCUCAAAAAUACAAGUUUCAAGGACUCUUCCCAGCCACACAUUUCAGCCACACAAUGAGGACUUUUCCUGUACCACCUACGAUGUAUUGUUCAUUUGUUCAUGUACAUUUAAGCAUAACAAGAAUAAUCAACAGGAUAGGCUAAAGCAACAGAGGUGGAGGUUAAUGCAGUAUAGCCGAUUAGAGCUGGUGGACCGCUGCAGUAGACUGAUCAGUAUACUGUAAUGAUUCAUAAAAUGUAAUCUUGUAUUGUCUGCAGAUGGGGCUUGCUGCUUAUGGGGGAAGUUAAUCCUGCUAUAUCUCCUGUUUUUGUUUAUGAUUCUGAACAAAAAUCAGCUGUUUGUAAAAUAGGAGUAUUGUACAGUGGUCUUAAUUUUUUUUUUUUUGUAAUCUAGGUCGGGCAGGUUUGUCUGCUCACCUUGUUUGCCUAGCUCCUUUUUUUUAAAAGUAGGAUAACUACAAUGUACAUAAAAGUUGAAACGUCCUGAGGUGAAUCUAGUGGGGGUGGUGAGCAAGCAGACUCCGGCAUUUAGUCGCUGCAGAUGCACUCCUGAUUUUUAGCAGCGUCGUCCAGUAUCUGGUCCAUUUCUUGCUCAGAUGCCAACUUGAAAACGAUGGCAUGACAACAGUGCCUGUCCGUAGUAAGAGGAACAUAUUUCCACACUGAACUCUGCUGUUGUUGUUGUUGUUGUUGUUUUUCAAGCUACCAAAGACUUUUUUUUUUUUUUUUUUCUUUCACAACAACAGCGAGCAAACCAGGACCAUGUGUUAAACUUCACAGGGAGAAGCUAGUGCUAAAGUUUCUAUGUGUUUUGUAAAGAUAAAGGUAUUGUUGCUGUAAAGUAUCCUGGAAACAGUUGUUCACUAUGGUGUUUGGAUACAACUGCACAUUUGCAAUAAACCUUAUGUUUACAUAAUACAAUA